UGGAGAUGAUUUCCUGAGGCUCACAGGUUUCCCAGAGCUCCAAAAUUUGCCAAAGUGUCAUGAAUCUACAAGCCUGGAGCUUUCAAAAGUUAAUAAAUAGUACCAAACUUAACCUGUUUCGCUUCCUUAACAAUGGCCAUCACUUUUUUCACAUUUUCCCCGGCUCCAUCUAAGCCUUUUCUUCCAUCAAAGCCAUGUAGUUUCAACUCAAUCCAAUGUUGUGAGACCAGUUCUACAGCUGAAACAGUUAAACUUUCUCAAAAUGGGCAUGUCAGUUUUCUGGAGAAAACUCUUUACAGGCCUCCGACUCCGACUAGUACUCCUCCUCCUCGGCCUCACCGGAUAAUCCUAGUAAGACAUGGAGAGAGCGAAGGAAAUGUCGAUGAAAGUGCUUAUACCAGAAUUCCUGAUCCAAAGAUUGCACUCACAGAGAAAGGCAAGGCUCAGGCUCAAGAAUGUGGAAGAAAAAUCAGGGAGUUGAUUGAGAAAGAUGGAGCCGAUGACUGGAAGGUUUAUUUCUAUGUGUCUCCAUAUAGAAGGACCCUGGAAACAUUACAGUACUUGGGCCGUGCAUUUGACCGCUCAAGAAUUGCAGGCAUGAUUAAAGAACCUCGAAUUCGAGAGCAGGAUUUUGGAAACUUUCAGGAUAGGGAGAGAAUGCGAGUUGAGAAAACUGUUCGCCGGCUUUAUGGUCGUUUCUUUUACCGGUUUCCGAACGGCGAAUCUGCAGCUGACGUUUAUGACAGGAUCACAGGGUUUAGAGAAACACUUAAAGCGGCUAUUGAUAAUGGAAGGUUUCAACCACCUGGAGAAAGAAGUCCAAACAUGAACCUGGUAAUUGUUUCCCACGGUCUCACAUUACGUGUGUUUCUGAUGAGGUGGUACAAAUGGACAGUCGAGCAAUUUGAGGGGCUUAACAAUAUAGGCAAUGGAGAAAUGAUUGUUAUGGAGAAAGGCUUUGGAGAAAGGUACAGCUUAUUAGUACAUCACACUGAAGAAGAGCUAAGAGAGUUUGGACUGACAAAUGAAAUGUUAAUGGAUCAAGAAUGGCAAAAAUAUGCAAAGCCCGGAGAAAUAAACUAUGAUUGCCCAUUGGUGAAUUCUUUCUUCACUCACUUCGAUGAUGAAGAUGGCUGCCAAGUUUGAGGGAAGAUUUAUAAUUCGCCAAUAUAUAUAACACCAUGAAAGACAACUCCUCACCAACAUAAUUCAACGGGUAAAUAAUACAUAUCCCAGAAAGCCAUUAAAGGAAUACGGCAUCCAAUCCAAUGAAGCUAUGCUAUAAAUGCUUGAUGAUGAAGUGAAUACUAGUCCAUGAAAUGUAGAAAACUGAGUGGUGGGAUAAAAAAAUGCCGGCAUAACAAUGGCAAAUAUUCCUUUUCUCUUUCCUGUGUAAUGAGGUGAUGGAAAGAAAAAUGAAAGCCAUGAAUCAUUGAUGAUGUUAUAUUUACACAAUUAUGAAGGCAAUGGGUCGCCCACAUAGUAACUUGCAUGAA